AUGACAUUAAAAAGAAAUCGUCUCUCGGAGAAAAGAUCUGUAGAAAUACUGGGCUCAAAGGUUGCCUACUCCUCCAAUGCACCUGAUCCAACCUCUACUUUUCGUAGAGAACACGUUCAGCGGGAUGUUAACGGGAGCAGUGAAUUAUACGUACAGGCUCAUGUGGUGUACCUCCACGAGUGGGGCUCCAUUCACGGAUCAUGGAGCUUUGUAGAGGAUGUCAGUCCUAUCACAGAAUACUUCUGGGCAAUAGGCUACACACAGGGAGGGACACAGCUGCAGGGCUUUGAGAGCGUGGGUCUUAGCAAAUUUGCCUUCAACUCCAAGGUGACCUUGGUACACAACUCCUUCAUCUAUGUCACUGCCCUGGCCACCAAUGCUGCGGGGUUACAGGGGAUAGCCUACUCCAGCAAGAUCCUGGUGGACCUGACUCCGCCCCAGUUUUUGGGAGUGUAUGAUGGGAGACUUAGGCAGGAAGACCAGAAUGCAUGGACAGACAGUGAAGUGGCUGUGAACUGGGUGGUCAGCGACCCGGAAUCUGGGCUGGCACGCUGUGAAUGGGCCUUAGGCACUCAACCAAAUCAAGUGGAUAUACAAGCCUUUGAGAAUGUUCCAGUCUCGGAUUACUUGGCCUUCAGAGACUUUGAUUACAGUGUCCUGCAGGGUAAGACCAUCUACUCCACACUCCGCUGUGAAAACAAUGCCGGACUCCUGAGCUCCAUGUCCUCCAAUGGAGUGAAGAUCUCCCAUGAUGCCCCAGUGGUGACUAGUGCAGUUGUAGAGUCCAUGCCCCUAUCAGUGACCGAGUACAAGGCCAGGACUAACUACCAGAGUGUGACUGACCGUAUCCGACUCAAGUGAACAGGAUUCAAUGAUCACAUCGGCAUCCAACAGUACAAGGUUUUGAUGCAAGGCAGCAGCUUUGAUCUGACGGAGAAGAUGUCAUUUCCCGAUAGUCAAGAUUUCCUCUUUACCAGUGUGAACAAUUUUACCUUGACCUUGGGUUCAAUCAAUGUCAGCACACAGGCUAUCAAUGAAAUUCUUUUGGUCAGUGACAAGGUCAGAUCAGACAUCACAGUGUUCACCGAGAAACCUGUCAAGCAUGCUACCCAGAAGAUGACAAUCACUUGGAGUGCAGACAAGAAAGAGUUCACAGUAUCGUGGAACGGGAUGUUCAGCUCCCCUCACCCCUUGUUCUUUGAGGUGUCUGCGGGUAAGGUACAGGGUGGGGCAGAGAUCAUACAAUGGCAGGAGACCACACAGACCAGCAUUACCUUUGCCCUGCCACCCGCUAUCACCAGCUGGUCAGGGCUGAAGGUGUACGUCAUGGUACGGGCGAUAGCAGCUGGGGGGUUGUAUGAAGAUGCUGCUGGAGUCAUCACUUUACCUUUAUAGCUAUAAAGUUUCAUCAGAGAAACUUUUUAAAAAAAGUUGUGAAAAAAAUUGCACCAAGUUAUCUUCAACUAGUUUACUUCUACUUAAUUAAGCAGUGGAUCCAGAAGAAGAUGGAAGAAAAGUUAGGGGGGAGGGGGGAAAGAUUCCUGCCACCUUGAAUAUUUCAAGUAUCAGACACACUCUAUCCUUUUCACCCUAAUAAAAGACUCGUUUCGGUCUAAAUUAUUUUAUUUUACAUAUGACUUGGGCACUUCCCAGUCAUAAAGAUUAUCUGAAUCCACUUAAACUUUUCUUCAUAUCUCAUCGUUAGACGAUAGUGUUGGUUAUGAGUUUUGGAAGAUACUGUAUAUUUAAAAAAAAAAAAAAUUCGACUGCGGGAAAAAUUACAAAUUUUAAUGUGCCUGACCACUAAGCAAUGUUGAUGAGCAAUAUAUUAAUAAUCACAUUUUUUUGUUGUUUGUUAAAGUGAUAUUUGAUCCUGUAUUAUACAUGUACCUAACUCCGUCCUCAGACAAUGUGUUUUUA